AUGGGAGAUACGUCGGGUACUCGACAGCCCCGGACCCGGCCGAGAGAGCGAGACCCAGACCGGCAUCCCCGCCCUGACCGAGACCGCCACUCCGAGCGACAGCGGGACCGAGCUGGGGACCGGCGCAGGGAGAGAAACGGAGGCGAGCGGAGGGACGGGGAUCGGGACCGGGACAGGGGGAGGGACCGAGACCCUCGCCAGGACAGACAUAGGGUCGAGAACCAUCGCCCUAGUGAACAAAGAGUUUGGGAAAAACCCCGCCAAAGCCGGACGCGAGAGGGACCCGGGCGACCCACCUGGGACACAGCUCCAACCCCCUGGCCUGCGCCUUGGGAAACCCCAGAAUCACCGCCCCACAGGAAGGAGGGCUUCGGGCGCCGCGGACCUGAAAGUUAUAGUGAACCUACUUCAGGGAGAUAUCUGCCCUCGAACCCCAGGCCUGGACGAGAGAAAGUGGAAUACUCCCAGUCAGAGGCCGAAGGACUCCUAGAAUGCCACAAAUGCAGAUACCUGUGCACUGGGAGAGGUGUGGUACAGAUAGUGGAGGUGAUAUUGAAUGGCAUGGUUCUCAUGUGUAUCGUGGCUUCCUACUUUGUCCUUGCUGGAUUCAGCGCCAGCUUUACCAGUGGCGGCGGCUUUGGGAACAACUAUUACUCACCAUUUGAGGGCACCGAGCUGGAGCAGGUUCGGCAGCUGGACCAGCAGUACACAGUCCUCCGUGCACCCCUGAUAUAUGGCGGCGUGGCUGUUUCUCUGGGGCUGGGUGUCCUCACCAUGGGUGUUUUACUCCAAGGAGCCAAGAGUCUAACCAGACUGCCAAGGAAGUGGCUCCUCCUGGAGGCAGCCUUCAGCCUCCUGGCAGCAGUGGGCUACUGCACAGGCAUCGGUGUCUACCUCCACGUAGCCUUGCGGAUAAAUGCUACAGAUACUUGCAAAACAAGAGAGAGGCUCUAUGCCCGCAAAGGUCUCACCUGGAUGAACUGCCAGCUGGCAGGCACUGAUGGAGCAGCAGCCACCUUCGCUUGUCUUCUGGUGAUAAUGUAUGGAACCAGCGUGGUGCUGGCCCUACGGAGCUACCGAGAACAGAAGCACUACAAAGACAGCCAAGAACAGCACAGAAAUUACAGUGAGGCACCGGAGUAUCUGUGGUCUGGAACACUCUGAGUCCUUCUGGAACCUAAAUGUCAACCCACCACCUCCCUGUUUCUCUCAAAAAGAUGGGUCCUUUAAAUUCGCACAUUUGACAACUGGUGUUUACACCUACGUGAUUUUAUGCGUGCUCUCUCUGGUACCAAUGCAAAG